AUGUUCAUUGAAAAACUUUCUAAGUUGAUAUGUUUUUGUUCAAUUAUUACACUAUGUUAUGCUGCAACAAACCCUAAUGAUCUCAAAGUUUUGAAUGAUUUUAGAAAAGGAUUAGAGAAUCCUGAGCUUUUGAAAUGGCCAGAAAAAGGAAACAAUGAUCCAUGUGGUCCUCCUUCAUGGCCUUAUGUCUUCUGUUCGGAAGAUAGAGUCACUCAGAUUCAAGCUAAGAAUCUUGGUCUCAUAGGAACAUUACCUCAAAACUUUAACCAACUCACAGAACUCUACAAUUUAGGUCUUCAACGAAACAAUCUCACUGGGAUUUUACCGAGUUUUAGUGGCUUAAAAUCAACUCAAUGCACAUUGUCAUCUCUCACAAAUCUAAGGCUUUCAAACAACAGACUUUCCGGUUCUAUCGAUGUUAUUGCUUCGAUGGUUUUCGUAACGCAGAUUUGGCUACACGGAAACAAGUUUUCAGAAAUGAACCUCGAGUUACUUGUUUUGAACAAUAACAUGCUAAUGGGUCCAAUACCGAAGUUUAAAGCUGCAAACUUUACUUAUGAUGAUAAUCUCUUUUGCCAAACUGAGCCUGGAGUUGAAUGUUCUCAACAGGUUACAUCACUUUUGGAUUUUCUGGCUAAUCUGAAUUAUCCGUCGUUUCUAAUUUCCGAUUGGUCAGGUAAUAAACCAUGCACAAGUAGCACAGGACCAUGGUUUGGAUUGAGCUGCAAUUCCUCUGAGGUAUCUUUAAUUAAUCUACCAAAGCAUAAGCUUAAUGGUAGUUUGAGUCCUUCACUUGCGAAGUUAGAAUCACUUCUCGAAAUUAGGCUUGCUGGAAAUAAUAUAUCUGGCGUAGUUCCGAGUGAUUUUACUAAAUUGAAAUCCUUGAGAUUGUUGGAUUUGAGUGACAAUAAUAUUGAAUCUCCUUUGCCGAAUUUUCGUGAUGGUGUGAAGGUUAUUACCGUUGGUAAUCCUUCUCUUAAUAAUCAAACUGGAGGGAGUGUUAGUCCUGUUACUAGCGGCCCGAGUUUGGAAAACAACUCGACACACUCUUCAGCGUCAUAUAAUCAGCUAGUUCCAAGCUCACAUCACAGAAGAUUCAAGACAGUAGCAAUAUUGGUUGGAGUUGCAGUGUUUGCAGUUGUAGUGUCUUUUAUUGUUUAUCUCUUUUUAUGUUUCUUUAAGAAGGAUAAAAACUCCUUGGAUGCUCCGAGUUCCAUUGUGGUUCACUCUCGAGAUUCAUCUGAUCCAUACAACGGAAUUAAAAUUGCUGUUUCAAGCAAUAACACUGGAAGCUUAACAGAAAAAUCUGGGACGAGUUCUCUGACUAACUUAAGUGGUGAAACUAAAAACUCUCACCUAAUUGAGGUUGGAAACCAUGUCAUAUCGGUGCAAAUGCUACGCAAGGUUACUAACGAUUUUGCAUCGGAAAAUGAGCUAGGCCGUGGUGGAUUUGGAACUGUUUACAAAGGUGAAUUAGAAGAUGGAACCAAGAUAGCAGUAAAGAGAAUGGAGAAUGGAACUAUCGGAAAUAAGGGAGUGGAAGAGUUUCAAGCUGAAAUAGAUGUUCUUUCCAAGGUUCGUCAUCGACAUUUGGUAUCUCUUUUGGGGCAUUCCAUUGAAGGAAAUGAAAGACUUCUAGUUUAUGAAUAUAUGCCACUUGGUGCUCUAAGUCAGCAUCUUUUUCAUUGGAAAAAAUUGGACUUAAAGCCUUUGUCUUGGUCACAAAGGCUUGUAAUAGCACUAGAUGUUGCUAGAGCAAUGGAAUAUCUUCACGGUCUUACCCGCGAGACCUUCAUUCACAGAGAUCUCAAGUCUUCUAAUAUUCUACUAGGUCACGAUUUUCGUGCAAAAGUUUCGGAUUUCGGUCUUGUGAAGCUUGCCCCAGAUGGUGAAAAAUCUGUAGUAACAAAACUUGCUGGGACUUUCGGUUACUUAGCCCCGGAAUAUGCAGUGAUGGGGAAAAUCACCACAAAAGUUGAUGUAUUCAGCUACGGUGUCGUGUUAAUGGAGCUUCUAACCGGUCUAACGGCCCUUGAUGAGAGCCGGUCAGAGGAAAUCCGAUACUUGGCCGAAUGGUUUUGGCGAGUUAAAUCGAACAAUGAAAAGCUUAUGGCUGCAAUUGAUCCAGCUUUGGAACAAAACAAAGAAUCAUGUGAAAGUAUAACUAUUGUAGCAGAACUUGCUGGACAUUGCACUGCUAGGGAAGCAUACCAUAGGCCAGAUAUGAGUCAUGCUGUCAACGUACUAUCAGCCUUAGUGGAGAAAUGGCGACCAGUUUCCGAUGAAUUUAACGAUUCGUAUUCUGCCGUUGACGGCACUCGACCACUUCCUCAAAUGUUGAAAAUUUGGAAGGAUGCAGAAAACAAUGAGUUUAGUUAUAGUAGUACUUCUGCUAGUCUUGAAGACAGUAAAGGAAGUAUUGCACUGAGGCCUAAUGGAUUUGCUGACUCCUUCACUUCUGCUGAUGCUAGAUGA